CCUCGUCACGCAGGUGAAGUUCGCGACAAACGACGUGUCUGGGCUGCGCCUCAAAGGACAUCUGAGCAAAGGGACAGGGCGGCCCUCGGGGGGCGCUGCCUUUUUUCGGGGGCGUCAGGCGGCUCUCAAAGCUCAGCCCUCCCGGUAUAAAGAGGCGAAGCGCGCAGCCGAACGGCAGAGCGGACACGGAGGCGCAAGUCAACCGUACAGACCGAGCGCUGCAGUCCAGAUGAAGCCCCCCAGCCCCGAGGACCCCGAAGCCUACGAGUACUAUGACUACAACAGCAGCUACGAGUUCUACGACUCGACUGACGAGAGCCCGGACCCCCACCAGAGGGAGGCGCUGCACGUGGUCUCCAUCGUCAUUUACAGCGUCGCCUUUGUGCUGGGCACUGUGGGCAAUGGCAUCGCCAUCUGGGUGAUUGCGAGGAGGCUGCGGCGGUCCCUGAAGCCCUUCUGGCUCCUGAACCUGGCGCUGUCCGACCUUCUCUUCGUGCUGACGCUGCCCCUGUCCAUCGACUACAUCUGCAGAGGCUUCGACUGGCGCUACGGCAAGGCCCUGUGCAAAGCCACCACCUUUGUGUGCCAUCUCAACAUGUUUGCCAGCGUGUUCUUCCUCACCCUCAUCACCGUGGACCGCUGCUGCACGGUGACCCGGUCCAGCGGGGUAAAGCCGGGCUGCAGGGUGGGCCUCCUGGUGGGCGUCUGGCUGCUCGCCGUGGGCCUCAGCAUCCCCGGCCUUUACUACCGGGACAUGGUGACGGUGCGGGGCAAGGAGGUGUGCUACACGAACUACCACUCCAGCGAUGGCACCAGCGCCAUGCACAGACACGCCAUCCAGGUGUACAUGCGCCUCUGCCUCGGCUUCCUGCUGCCCCUCUGCACCAUGGUGGUCUGCUACAGUGUCAUGGGGGCGAAGGUGCGCCACAGGGCUGUGGUGCGCCCAUCUAGCUUUGGCCGCAUUGUGGUCACCCUUGUGGUGGCCUUCUUCGUCUGCUGGGCGCCCUUUCAUGUCUUCAGCGUGCUGGAACUGCAGGUGCACACGAGCGCUGCCCUCCACUCGGCCCUGCGGGUUGGCAUGCCCCUCUCCACCAGCCUGGCCUUCUUCAACAGCUGCCUCAACCCCAUCUUCUACGUGCUCAUGUCCAGAGAGGCGUGGACCCCCCUGUGCAGGGGCCUGGGGGCUCAGGUGAAGCGCACCCUGCUGGGGGCCGAGCUGCUCUCGCUGACCACCAGCCAGGCCACCGUCGAUACGCAGAGCGCCACGUCCCCCAUGUAGGGGGGUCCUGUGAGCAGACGCCAAUCACACAUCACCACACGGGGGCGCCGUGAUAACUG